AUGACCAUGGAGCGAAAACAUAAUUUGGAAUAUCUGGAACUACAAGAUGAGAGUGCAUAUGUUGCCAACUACCCCAAGCUUGUUGAAUUUGAAGAUGCCUUCAGAAAUCCAGAAGACCAGGUACCUUGGAAAACUGUCAUACACAAGACAGUUACCAAACAAAUCGCUUCAUGUAAUGUGAAGAAAUCUAUUCUGCGACUGUUCCCAGUCAUUGAAACUUUUCGAUCUUACACAUGGAAGAGUGAUUUACCAAAUGACAUUGUUGCUGGCUUGACAUCUGGAGUGAUGAUGAUUCCACAAGGGAUGGCUUUUGCAGCUUUGUCUACACUACCUCCAAUUGUGGGGCUGUACAUCUCUUUCUUCUCAUCGUUAACAUACUUUAUAUUCGGAACUGGAAGGCAGCUGUCCUGGGGAUGUAUUGCAAUUCUUAGUUUAAUGAUUGCUACCGUUUUGGACAAAUAUGAUAACAGUUUAAUAAAAGAUACACCUCUGGUGUGCAUUAACCAAACUGCACAAACUAUGGAAAUGGCAGCAUUGGGUAUUUCUGAUGGAACAAAUGGACCAUUUAACUUUUCUUCAGUUUCAAAUUCUUCAAAUGUUUCAAUGGUUUUUGGCUUAGCCUUAAAUGAAGAGGAUGCAGCCAAAAUAGCCAAGAGAAUUGAAGUUGCUAGUGGAGUGUCAAUUGUAGCCUGGACUGAUACUUAUAAUUGCUUCCAGGUUAGGCCUUAG